AUGAAUUUCCUCUGCUGACGACCAAGCGAGUGUUCUGGAAGGGUGUUCUGGAGGAGCUGCUGUGGUUUAUCAAGGGAUCUACAAACGCCAAAGAACUGUCAUCCAGGGGAGUGAAGAUCUGGGACGCCAACGGGUCCCGGGACUUCCUGGACAGCCUGGGGUUUUCUAGCCGCCAGGAAGGGGACCUGGGCCCCGUCUAUGGCUUCCAGUGGAGGCAUUUUGGGGCUGACUACAAAGAUAUGAACUCAGAUUACUCGGGUCAAGGAGUUGACCAGCUGCAGAAAGUGAUCGACACCAUCAAAACCAACCCCGAUGACAGAAGGAUCAUCAUGUGUGCCUGGAACCCGAAAGAUCUCCCCCUGAUGGCGCUGCCUCCCUGCCACGCCCUCUGCCAGUUUUACGUGGUGAACGGGGAGCUGUCCUGCCAGCUGUACCAGCGGUCCGCGGACAUGGGCCUGGGCGUGCCCUUCAACAUCGCCAGCUACGCACUGCUCACCUACAUGAUCGCGCACGUCACGAGCCUGCAGCCAGGUGACUUCGUGCAUACUUUGGGAGACGCACAUGUUUACCUGAAUCACAUCGAGCCGCUGAAAACUCAGCUUCAGCGAGAACCAAGACCUUUCCCAAAGCUCAGAAUCCUUCGAAAAGUCGAGAGAAUUGAUGACUUCACAGCUGAAGACUUCCAGCUAGAAGGGUACAAUCCGCAUCCUGCCAUUAAGAUGGAAAUGGCUGUGUAGAGCGCCUUCCGCGUGCUACUGGAAGGAAGGGCCCCUGGUCAGAGCCCGAGUCUGGGUUGUUUGUUUCUUUUGGUGUGUUUGUUUCUAAAGACAAAAGGAAGUAGGUACAAAACUCAGUGACCUAUCAGUUGUCAUUUGUUAACUUUGGAAGAUACUGUCACUGGCAGACCAAAGGUGCUAGUCUUUUAGUAAUAAAAGAUCUUAACUUUAGUAGUAAAAGUGCACAAAAAUGCUACGAUUAUGAAGAAAGUGGUAACAGCGAGUUUCCAUAUUCUUAGCAAAAAACGAGUGCAUGCAUUUCAGUUGUACGUAGUGAAGCUGACGAAUUCCAUUCAUUUUAUAAAGAAGGUCUUCCCUCAAAUCUGACCUGAUCCCAGCCAGAAUGGAUAGUUUGCUUGCGAACGUUUGCUGUUACAUUUGUCUUAUAUAUUCCUGUAAUAAAGGAUUAGUUUGCAUUUA